AUGAGCACAUUUUCCAUUUUAAAUGCUAACAACACCUCACAGGCUGACACCCUCGAGGACAGCGGCAACUGGACGGUGGUAACCCAGUUUACCCAGCCAGGAUGGCAGAUUGCUCUGUGGGCUAUCACCUAUUCCUUCAUCGUUAUCACCUCCAUCGUUGGCAACAUCACCGUCAUCUGGAUUAUUCUUGCCCACAGGAGAAUGAGGACUGCUACCAACUACUUCAUCGUCAACUUGGCCCUUUCGGAUUUGCUGAUGUCCACCUUCAACACCAUCUUCAACUUUAUUUACGCCAGUCACAACGUCUGGUACUUCGGUGAGGAAUUCUGCAGGUUUCAGAACUGGUUCCCCAUCACCGCGAUGUUUGUGAGCAUUUACUCCAUGACAGCUGUGGCUGCAGAGAGGUACAUGGCGAUAAUUCAUCCCUUCAAGCCCAGGCUCUCUGCUGGAAGCACCAGAGUCAUCAUAGGGCUGAUCUGGCUGGUGGCAUUCGGGCUCGCCUUCCCGCAGUGCUUCUACGCUGAGAUCACGAUGGACAAUGGGACGACAAAGUGCAUCGUCGUCUGGCCCGGCGAUGUUGGGUCCAAGCACCAGCUCACGUAUCACAUCGCAGUGAUCGUGUUGAUUUAUUUGCUGCCUUUAAUGGUGAUGUUUGUUGCAUACAGCAUCAUAGGAGUUACUCUGUGGAGCAGUGCAGCUCCAGGCAACCACCUUAACAGAGUCCACUACGAACACCAAGUUAAUGCCAAAAAAAAGUUUGUGAAGACCAUGGUGGUAGUUGUGAUCAUUUUUGCUGUCUGUUGGCUGCCCUAUCACAUCUACUUCAUCCUGGGGAGUUUCAAGGAAGACAUCUACCAGCAGAAGUAUAUUCAACAGGUUUACCUUGCAAUCUUCCUCCUUGCCAUGAGCUCAACGAUGUACAAUCCUAUCAUAUACUGCUGUCUGAACCAGAGGUUCCGUUCUGGCUUCAAAUUAGCCUUCCGGUGGUGUCCAUGCAUGAAAGCAACUGAGAAAGACAAACUUAGACUGAUGUCCCCAUCUCUUUACCAGACAACCCACAGGAAGUCAAGAACCACAAGUUUCAGUAUAGAAACUCAACUGAAUGAGAAAGAGAAUCAUAGAAUCAUAGAAUCAACCAGAGACCGCAACGGAUCCAUCACUGUGUAUCGCAUAAUCGCACUGGAUUUGGUGCAGUGGGCUGAGGUCUUCCUGCGCUGCAGGCCCCUGGGCAGCAGAUGCACCCAGACAAACUACAUGCCCCUGAGAUUUGGACGCUUAACACAGCACUACUCACAGAAGCAAUGGGAAAUACCAGUGGCACCAGAUCUGUGGGACAAGGGCAUUCACUUCUACCAUGACAACACAGGCAUCAAGGAAGCGAGACAUGUGUGGUACGAUGCAACGGUAGCUCUCAACGCACAUCACUUGGGGGCAAUUUCACCUCAGACAACAACCGAGUUUUGA